AUGAAACUCAUCAGAUUUUAUGGAUUUCGAUUUUCAACCCAGCUUUGGAAAAAUGUUGACAACCAGAUUGAAGAAUCUAGAAAAAAAAUAGAAGAUAAUAAGGUUUUAGAGCAAAAAUUGACAGAAAUAAAAGAGUCUAAUAAAGAAAAGAAAAUUUAUAUUGCAAAAAAUAUAGCAAGCGAUGGAAAAUCUGGUUGUUUUAAGUUGUCAAGCAUUGAAGAUGCUAUGCUGAAAGCAAUGAUUAAAUUAUAAAUUUAGUUAAUUAUGAUGGUAUGCAUACUCUAUUUUCAAUGAUGCCAUUCCAUAUAUGGAGCAGAAUCUAAAAUAAAUUAUAA